AUGGUUGUCGGAGCACCAUCACCGGUGACUAUUGACGAAGAAGCAGAUAUACAUUUGUGUGAAGUCUCCAGCAGUAUUCCAAUCGAACCACGUCCUGAAUCACUCUGUAGUACACUAUCACCGUUACAGUCGUUUCCCAUUGCGUGUAAUGAGUUAUCUAUUGACAAUACAACAAAAUCUAUAAUCGAUUUGAAUGAAUUACCAUUCGACUUCCUAGCUGGUGAAGAAUACAUUGAGCACGGAACAGAUGUAUCCGACGGAAUUGUUUACUUGACGACUUAUCGUCUAUUUAUAUUCGCAAAUCAAUCAUGUUGUUCAUUUAUUAACUGUCCGAUACGGUUGAUUGAUAUUAUCGAAACAAAAGACAACUAUUUAUUCAUCCAAUGCAAAGACAUGCGUUCAUUUCGUUUAACUUUCUUUACCACAGAGAAAUGCUGCUAUUGGUUAAGAAAGUUAACUGAGUCGAUUACAAUUCCGACUUGUUUCGAAAGUUUAUUUGCAAUUAAAUUUGCUUUGUCAGUACCAAACCAAGAACAUUCGUUACGUGAUCGUUUCAACGAUGAAUUAAUUCGUUUACAACUCGAUACAUAUCCGUGGCGAUUGACAGAAAUCAAUCGACAAUAUAAAUUAUGCACUAGUUAUCCAGAACUUUGUGUUGUUCCAUCGUCAAUAUCUGAUGAAGAAAUAGGUGAAGUGGCGAAGUUUCGCUCCUACCGAAGAUUUCCAACGAUUGUUUGGAGGCAUUCGAACGGAGCUGUUAUUGCUCGUACAAGUCAACCUGAGGUCGGAUGGCUGUUCUGGCGUUCGAAAGAAGACGAAAAAAUGAUUCAGGCUAUCAUAACUGCGUGUCAUAUCGGCACAGUUGAUUCUAUUCCUCGUGAAAGUAGUUCCAAUCGUUUGUUAAUUCUCGAUGCACGAAGUUAUGCUGCAGCGAUUGCCAAUCGUGCGAAAGGUGGUGGCUUCGAAUAUCCGCCCUAUUAUACUGAUUGUGAUGUACAAUUUAUGAAUCUACCAAAUAUUCAUGCGAUCCGAAAAAGUGCGCAGAUGUUACGUGUGGCGAUUGCAAAUGCCGCACAAGGCGAGAAUUGGCUCUCACAGUUAGAAUCAACGAGAUGGCUGCACAAUCUAUCAGCAUUGAUCAGUGUUGCAUCUUUUGUAGUAGCCAAUGUUGAUAAAAACAGUCGACCUGUCCUUGUUCAUUGUUCAGAUGGUUGGGAUCGAACACCGCAAAUAACAACAUUAGCUGAGAUUAUGCUCGACUCGUACUAUCGAACAAUAGAAGGCUUUCAAAUCUUGAUACAACGCGAAUGGAUCGCAUUUGGACACAAGUUUGGUGAUCGAUGUGGUCAUGGCGUGGGAGCGAACGAUCCAAAUGAACGAAGUCCUGUAUUCCUUCAAUGGUUAGAUUGUAUCUAUCAGUUAUUUGUCCAGAACCCCAUUGCAUUUGAAUUCAAUGAAAUGUUUCUCCUCAAAUUGGCAACGCAUACAUAUACUUGUUUACAUGGAACAUUUUUAUGUAAUUCGGACUCGGAACGAACAGCAGCUAAACUCGAAACACGAACAUUGAGUGUGUGGAGUUUAUUGAAUAUUAAAUCCACACAAUUUAUUAAUCACUUAUUUGAUGAAACACGGAAAGAGGUUUUGUAUCCUUCCUCUUCCGUUCGUGAUUUACGUAUAUGGUCAAAUUUAUACCUACGUGAUACACGUUUUACUCCUGCCGGCUCAUCCGAGCAUCCAUCAUCUUCAUCGUCCUUAGUACCUGGCCAUCUACAUUCAUACGAAGAUCUUUCAUCAUCGUUAACUACCGGUCUACAACGGUCGACAUCCGAUCCAAGUUUAAGUGGCUCAGUAAGUCUGGAAUCCUCGUCAAUCACAAUUCGUACCGGUAAUACCAAUAAUAACAAUACAAUAUCAACAACGCCGAAUCAAGCAACCCGUUUACAAAAUUCGACAUCUACAAAUAGUUUAUUUGGACCUCCACAUCACCUUGGUACGCACAACGACAGUAAUCACAAUAUGACAAACAAUCCCGUCAAUGGUCUAUCAACUCCUUCAACACCAAAUGCGAAUCAUAUCACUCCGCCUUCGACUGUGACUCUAGCUAAUACGAACGAUCAUGAUAGUCCAGAUAGUCAAACGAAACGGCAAAGCUUUGCUACAGAUGAUUCCGCACCAGAUAUAACUCAAUUAGCAUUAUCGUUUCAACGUUUUCCAUUGAAUGUUAGUAGUGUUGAUAAUAUUUUACGAACAAUGUCACAUCCACGAAAACACACAAAUUCCACCUCAAGUACCGGUUCAGGUCUGUCUGAAGCAUGGUCAUUGACAAAGAUCAAUUCACACGAUCCCAAUCAACCUCAUCGAACGACUCCAACAGGUCAAUCCUCAACAUCGAACAAAACAAUGAAAUCAGUUCGAAAACGUAUCGAUGUUGACGGUCUCACAAAGAUUCCCGAUCAAGUUACAUCCAGAAUGUUAGAAAAAGAACGAGCUUAUGUCCAACAAAUCGAACAUCUCCAUGAACAUAUGCGGCGAAUGCAAAAAUUCGUUCACACUCUAAUCAAACUUAACAAUAACACCGCCAACAAUAAUAAUCAUAAUACAUCGCCACAUAUGGAUGCAGCAUCCCAUAGUAAUAUGAAUAGUGUUGAAACAUCCUCAUGCGCAUCAUGGCAAAAGAUUGAUAAUACCGAAGGAGCUGUAACGCGCUGGAUGCCCGAUUUUAACGUUCACACGUGUCACUCAUGUCAUUCGAAAUUCCAACAAUGGCCUCUUUCACGAAAACAUCAUUGCCGAAAAUGUGGCAACGUGUUCUGUAAUAGUUGUGCUAAUCAUUAUAAACUAAUUCCCUCAUUAAGUUCUCGUCCUGUACGGGUCUGUCGCGAUUGUUAUCCAACUAUCGAUGAUAACAAUAAUAAUACGGCCACGAUUGAACUCUCACCGUCGAAUAAAAGUGCGACGCCCAUGUCCAUUCAAAAUGGCUGUCGACAGUCCAAUGGGACGCCUAACGGAUCAUUCAAUUCAUCAGGAGGACAAAAAGUCAAAGGAUAG